ACCUAGUACAGAAUUAGCAGAUUGGACUUUUCUACCCAAAAAUGAAAAAAGUUGAUUGGAUUUAAUGAAUGCCGGUGCAAGAAACACGGGGAUACCAGUCUAUCCAGUUACCGAGAGACUUUCCUUUUCGGGAAAAUGACGGAUAAUUACCGACCAAAUGCCAAAUAUAGUUCAUUUUAGUAGCGAAAAGCUUGAUAGUUGACAAAAGAACCGUUGGUUUUUUUACUUUAUCCAUUCGUAACUGCAUAAAUUAACCUCCUUUUCCAUGAAAGCUAACUGUUAUCUUAUCCUCUUAUCUCUUCCAUUCUUGUUAUUUUUUCUUGAAUUCAAUGGGGUAUCGGAAAAACCUAAGAAUAGUGUGCGGUAACCUGAAAGAUAAGGGUUCAUUGAUCAAGACCGUCUUAUCAUCAAAGCCCCACAAAUCUGCCGUUCGUUGCGUGAUCCUACGCGCCACCACCCACGGCUCCUCCUCCCCACCAUCAAAUCAUCGAAUUGCCGCCGUCAUCUCCCUUGGCCUUGAAUCAAAAACCGAAGCAUGUUCUUGUAUCCAAGCUCUCAUGGAUCGACUGCAUAGCACGAGCAAUGCGUUGGUUGCACUGAAAUGCCUCUACACCAUCCAUAACAUCAUAGGGAAAGGGUUCUUCAUCUUGAAAGACCAGCUCUCAAUGUACGAAUACUUUGGGGGUCGAAAUUUCCUCAAGUUGUUGACGUUUCGAGACGAUUUGGAUCCAGAAACAAGGGAAAUGUCCAAAUGGGUUCGAUGGUACGCAGCCAUCUUGGAACAAAACUUGCUGGUUUCCAAGGUCUUAGGCUGUCACCUUUACAGUAAACGUGCCAAGAAUGUUAUCGGUAAGGAAAAAGACAAUUUCUCGAGUUCGUUGAACUCCGAUUUACUAAAUGAUAUCGAUGCUCUCGUUGAGUUCGCAUGCCAGGUAGGUGACCUUCCCGAUUCGCUUCAUCUUCAACGAAAAAGUUUGGUGUACGAGAUUGUAAGAUCCGUCGGCGAAGAUUACAGAUUGGUCCAACGUGAAAUCGGUACUCGAGUUGCGGAACUCGAAGCGCGAAUGAUGAGUUUGAGUUCUAGCGAGUGGACUCAGUUCCUGAAUUCGUUAACCAAGUUCGAGGAUUGUAAGGAGGGAAUAUCUUUGUUGUUUAGAAACAGAAACAGGAACGAUGAGUUGUGGGAUUUAGUGAAGGAAACAAAGGCAAAGCUUGUGGCAGUGAUGAAAGAGAGAGGAAAUGACGGCAAAAGGACGUUAGUGGUUAGAUUCUUACAACGAACGAGUGGAGCGAGUUGACUAGGUUUACUUAACCGGUUGGCAUAUGGUGUAGAACCGAGUGGUGGUUGGGUGGGGUUUAUUUGACCGGUUCCUAUAACUCCACUUACAAUGAUUUUCUUUUAAGGACAUAUACAUUGUGUGGUUUUCUCUUUGUUGGGUACAUGUGUGGCAUUUAUUAUUUUUGUUGACUUGAAAAAAUAAUAAUGUUGAGUGAGGGUUGUUUAUUUUGUUUUUUAAUUGUAUAGUCAAUAUAAGGAAAUCAAUUAUUGCUAUUGAUAA